GCGUGGAGAAACUCACCGAGCCCUGCCUGAGCUUCAAUACGCAGGCUCAAGGGCGCUUGCCCUACGCUGCCGGCUCUGAUUGGCCACCGGAGAUGAGGGCGCCGCCCAAUGGGAGGUGUGGAUAGUGAGGGGUGCCGCAAACCGGGAGAAGAGGGUCUGUGUCAAGAGCGGCGGGGUCUGCUGGAGUGAAGAGAGACGGGCACUGCCUUCCCCACAAUGGCAGACAUGGUGGCUGAGGUGGCUGACAUGGCCGAGAUGUCAACACAGUUGUCACCAGAGGCAAUGGAGAUGCCGAUACCAGUGUUCAGGGAGAUGACAGAGAUGUCAGCAGAGGUGGCUGAGAUGAAACCUGGGGAGGCCCUUGCCUCAUCCCUCUUUUUCCAGCACCACCAAUUCAUGUGCUCUGAGUGUGGCAACCUCUACAACACACUGGAGGAAGUCAUCUCACACCAGGAGCAGCAUGUACCCAUUGUCACAGAGGAGGAGGCGCUGACCACCCAGGAUGCUGGCCUGGAGCCGGAGCUAGUGCCAGGUACUGAGGAUGGGCCUUUCCAGUGUGGCGAAUGCAGCCAGCUCAUCCUCUCCCAUGGUGAGCUCCUGGCCCACCAGGACACCCACCUCCAGGAGUCUACAAGCCAGAUCCAGUACCAGUGUGGGGACUGCCAGGAGCUGUUCCCCUCACCUGAAUUGUGGGUGGCUCAUCGGAAGGCCCAGCACCUUUCUACUGCAGCAGCUGGACCACCAGUGCCGCCACCUCCCCCUCCUCCAGCACCACCACCUCCGCCCCCUGAUCCACCUGGAGUCAAGAUGGAGCCCUACGAGUGUCCUGAGUGCUGUACCCUCUGUGCCACCCCUGAGGAGUUUUUGGAGCAUCAGGGAACCCACUUUGAUUCCCUAGAGAAAGAGGAAUGCAAUGGCCUAGAGGAAGAUGAGGAGGAUGAAGAAGAUGAUGAAACAGAGGAGGAAGGGUUGACAGCAGAGGUUGGUGAUGAUGCUAUAGAAGGCAACAAGUCCACAGCCAGCCAGGCCCAGAGCUGUGGGGAUUAUCACCAACACUGGACCUCAGCAGGGGCACGCCGGCAACACCGGCGGGCAUCCCAUGGCCCAGGGUCAACAACCCAUCCCUUCAGCUGCAGCCAGUGCCAGCGCUGCUUUAGCUCAGCAAACCGGCUGCUGGCUCAUGGGCGGGCCCAUGUUGGUGGCACACACGAGUGUACCACCUGCUUCAAGGUCUUCAAGAAAGCAGCCUCCCUGGAGCAGCACCUGCGGCUGCACCGUGGGGAAGCCCGCUAUCUCUGUGUGGACUGUGGUCGCGGCUUCAGCACAGAACUCACAUUGGUGGCCCACCGGCGGGCCCAUACCGCCAACCCAUUGCAUCGGUGCCGCUGUGGCAAGACAUUCAGCAACAUGACCAAGUUUCUCUACCAUAGGCGCACCCACGCCGGCAAGAGCGGGGCGCCUCCUGCCACCGCAGCAGCCUCCCUAGCUCCAGCUGAGCCCGUGCCCCCGCCACUGCCCCCUACCCCGCCUGCCCAGCUGCCCUGUCCACAAUGCUCCAAGUCUUUUGCCUCAGCCUCCCGCCUUUCCCGGCACCGGCGCACGGUCCACGGGCCCCCCGAGCGGCGACACUGCUGCGGGGUUUGCGGCAAGGGCUUCAAGAAGCUGGUCCAUGUGCACAACCACCUACGGACACACACGGGCGAGAGGCCCUUCCAGUGCCACUCCUGUGGCAAGACCUUUGCUUCUCUGGCCAAUCUCAGCCGCCACCAACUGACCCACACAGGGGUGCGUCCCUACCAAUGUCUAGACUGUGGCAAACGGUUUACACAGAGCUCCAACCUGCAGCAGCAUCGGAGGCUGCACCUGCGGCCAGUGGCCUUCGCUCGUGCCCCCCGCCUCCCCAUCACUGGUCUCUACAACAAGAGCCCCUACUACUGUGGGACAUGCGGCCGCUGGUUCCGCGCCAUGGCAGGCCUGCGCCUGCAUCAGCGGGUCCAUGCCCGCGCCCGGACAAUGACCCUGCAGCCCAGAUCACCACCUCCAGCCCCAGCCCCAGCCCCCCAGCCUCAGCAGACUAUCAUGUGCACUGAACUUGGGGAGACCAUCGCCAUCAUCGAGACAUCCCAGCCACUGGCACUUGAGGACACACUGCAGCUGUGCCAGGCAGCACUGGGAGCCAGCGAAGCGAGUGGGCUGUUGCAAUUGGACACGGCCUUCGUGUGAUACCACGAAGAGCAAUAAUAAAACAGUUUGGUUGCAACAGCAAGUAUGAGCACCUCUGGGGAAGAAGGGGACCACCCCCCAGCAAGCCACUGUGGCACCCAGUGGGUGCCAGGAUCCACCCUGGCCUCUUACCCACUAACUCCUCAGAAUAGCCCUGCCAGAUUUCUCUUGUCACCUUUCUCUGCCUGAAGGGAAACUGAAGCCCUGGGACGUGAUAGGAUCUGUCCCAGGUCACCCACAAAGCAGGGUUUGCCAGGGUUCUUUGUGUGACCCUGCUGCCCAGCAACAUCAGGUCACCUUGUUUGAGCCUGGGCUGUGUGCUCAGAUACAUGCCCAUUAUGUCUUCAGGUCCUCCGCUGUUCCCAUAGCCCAAGGCUUCCUUGGACUCUCAGCACCCAGGACUCGGCUCUGCCGAGGAGGAACACAUUUGACUUGUCCGGGCUUCCUUAAUCUCAUUUUUAACAAUGUGAAAGGAAAGCUCUAGGUUCCCAGGGGGUGCUUAGUUGAAGAUGUGAUGCUGGAGACCCAGGAAUGAGUCAGACUCGGGCUCUGCCUAGGCCUGCAGUGUGGUAGGAGGAACACACACAAGUACAGAUGGCCUUACUAAG